UUUAAGCCAGAUUUUGAUGGCGAAAGAUCAAUUUUAGGCCGUUGCCCGUUACAAACCAAGCAAACGAAUUCUUUUGCAUACCGACCACUGGAAUUCACUGGCUGUGUCAUUGAAUGACAGAGAGAUCGGCCGCAUUGAACCGUAAGAGGCAAGCUUAAGGAGAUUCGAACCACCAUCAUUGCUGCCUGAUUGACAUUUGCUGCAUCUUCAUAAUUACGAUGGAAAAUAAAUGUGUCCAGCUUGUGCUUAACACAUCAUAAUGCUACACUUGUCAUUUCGUGUUCUGAUUUGUAGGUUUGUAUGCGAAACGAAUUUGAGAAAUACAGAGUCUGAAAGCAAAAGCAAAGGUGGAAGAAGAAAAAGAAGAGAGAAGACAUGAAAGAGAAGGUGGAGCUCAAGAAGCCCCUGGCAUUAAAGAUCUUAGCGCUUCUGCUUGUGGCCACCGCCUGCUUCUUCCUAGGCAAGCGCUGGGUAACAGGAUAUGAUCAGGUAUUAGUGGUUACUGCUUCGUCUCGUGAUUCCGAUACGAAUUCCAAUUAUGUCUCUAGAUCUCCUUCUGUUGUCCUUGUCCCCAAUGCUACUCGAACCUAUGACCUCUCAUCUUUCAACAUUACCACAAAUCCACCAUACCCUACCCCUCCUUUACGCUCCUCUUCUCCUCCGCCUCCGCUUCUGCCACCGCCUCCACCACCUCUUCCGCCCCCGCCUCCGCCUCCGAUCUCCACUACUCUAGGCGUGAUGGGUCCUGAUGGGGCAAUGCAGACCGAUUUCAAGAUCGGCAAUGAUGAUGAUGGUGACGUUGAUGGCGAUGUCAUUGAUCCUGAUGUCGAUCCAAUGCUGAAUACGACUGAACCAUUGGAAAAUGGGUCGCCUAGUAAUGGUACCAGUUUUACCGGUUUAGACAUGGGUGUUCCUAAAUUCGAUCGCUGUCCUGCAAACAUGAGCGAGUACAUUCCCUGCCUUGACAACCUGGAAGCUAUCAGGAAGCUCAAUUCUACCGAGAAAGGGGAGCGGUUUGAGCGGCGUUGCCCUGACCAAGCUUUGCGGUUGCGCUGCCGUGUUCCAGCUCCACAACAUUACAGGCCUCCCAUACCGUGGCCUAAAAGCCGUGACGAGGUCUGGUAUAGCAAUGUCCCACAUACACGACUGGUGGAAGAUAAAGGUGGCCAAAAUUGGAUUGAAUUGCGUGGAGAUAAAUUUACAUUUCCUGGAGGUGGAACACAAUUCAUUCACGGGGCAGAUAGUUACAUAGAUCAGAUGGCUCAGAUGGUUCCUGAUCUGGCUUUUGGUGUUCAUACCAGGGUUGCUUUGGAUGUAGGAUGUGGUGUAGCCAGCUUUGGAGCCUUCUUGCUUUCUAGAAAUGUAUUGACCCUUUCCAUAGCUCCCAAGGAUGUUCAUGAAAAUCAGAUCCAAUUCGCUCUUGAGCGAGGUGUUCCAGCUAUGGUAGCGGCAUUUGCAACACACCGCCUUCUAUAUCCAAGUCAGGCUUUUGAUCUGAUUCACUGCUCUCGCUGUCGAAUCAAUUGGACUCGUGAUGGGGGCCUUUUAUUGCUCGAGGUCAAUCGUAUGUUGAGAGCUGGAGGCUAUUUUGCCUGGGCAGCACAGCCAGUGUACAAACAUGAGGCAAAUCAACAAGAGGCUUGGAAAGAAAUGGAGGAUCUUGCUACAAGAAUCUGCUGGAAGCUUGUUAAGAAAGAGGGUUAUAUUGCAAUUUGGCAAAAACCUGUCAAUAACACUUGUUAUGUUAGCCGAGAUGCAGAAACCCAGCCUCCUUUAUGUAAUGUGGAGGAUGACCUAGAUAAUGUUUGGUAUGUACCAUUGAAAGCUUGUAUCACACUAUUACCUGAAAAUGGAUUUGGAAGAAAUUUGACAAAUUGGCCAGACCGAUUGCAUACAAUUCCAGAUAGACUGGAGACUGUCCAACUAGAUGGAUUUAUGGCAAAGAAGGAAAUCUAUACUGCGGAAACAAAUUACAUGAAAAUGGUUGUGGAAGGUUAUUUGCGUGGUCUUGGAUGGAAGAGACAGCACUUCAGAAAUGUGAUGGAUAUGAGGGCAGGCUUUGGAGGAUUUGCUGCAGCAGUAUUGGACCAGCAUAUUGAUGUCUGGGUAAUGAAUGUGGUUCCUGUAAGUGGACCAAAUACGUUGCCUGUGAUUUAUGACCGUGGGCUGAUUGGAGUUGCUCAUGAUUGGUGUGAGGCAUUUGAUACAUAUCCACGAACCUAUGAUCUUCUACAUGCAUCUGGUCUAUUCUCCGUUGAGGAGAAAAGAUGCAACAUAGCAGACAUUAUAUUAGAAAUGGAUCGCAUUAUGCGUCCAGGUGCAUUUGCAUAUAUUCGAGAUGCUAGGUCAGUUUUGGCAAAAGUUGAGGUACUUGCAAAAGCAAUGGGAUGGAGCACCCACACAUUUGACACUGAAGAGGGAUCCUAUGCUAGUAUAAAAGUUCUAUCCUGUCAAAAGAAGCCAUUGCACGCUUAAUGUAUUAAUUUGGUCUUUCAUUGUAUCAUGUAAGAUUAUUUACCAAGUUUUAUUCUUAGGUUUUUCUUCCAUAUUUAUGAUGAACGUAUUUUCUGCAAAGGAUGCAACACCCUUUUUGCAGUGAUAAUUUUGCAGCAUGAAUUUUCAGUUCAGUAUAAGAAAAGUGGCAUGAAGUGUAUUCAGACAAGGAGAUUUGGUUUAUACGGUUCUAAUUCAUAUUUUUUUUGAAUGAACUUGUAAUGUAGAAAUCAAGAAGAAUAUAUAAUUUCCAUCAUUUACCUCA